UGGCGACUGUUGGCACGUAGAAUUUUGUUUUUGAGGAUAGCGUCAAGGAUUAUCGUAAUAUUUGGGCCACCUGCAAGCUAUUUGGUUAUCAAAACCAUCAUAGUGUCGCCAUUACUAUUCUGUCUUACAAGCUAAAUUGUUUUCAAGAAUAACCGGGACAUGUUUCGUCGCGGAGCGGCUAAGAAAGACCACAACAACAAACCUGUGAAGAAGGAUGUGAGUGACAGUGAUAAAUACGCCGACCUCUUGGUGUUCGGCUAUGCCUGCAAACUGUUCCGAGACGACGAAAGGGCUCUUUACCACGAACAUGGAAAACAUCUUAUCCCAUGGAUGGGGGACAAGAGCAUCAUGAUUGAUAGAUACGAUGGGCGCGGUCACUUACAUGAUCUUUCAGAAUAUGACAGCGGGUCAUGGAAUACAUCCUACCAGCUGUCAGAGGAAGAGGCCAGGAUUGAGGCGCUGUGCGAUGAGGAGCGGUACCUGGCUCUUCACACUGACCUGUUGGAAGAAGAGGCUAGACAAGAGGAGGAGUACAAACGUCUGAAUGAGGCUCUGGCUGAUGAAGGCUCCUACAAUGCAGUGGCCUUCAAGUACAGCGCAGACUACUAUGACCCCUCUCAACCCACGGAGGAGGAGGAUGCUAACAAGGAACUUGAAGAGGCAGAGCCUGAGGAGAGCGAGGAACCCUUUGUUGCUCCCCCAGGGCUGGCUAUCCCUCCUGAUGUGGAGCUGCCAGCAACCAUUAAGACGCACAAUAUCAUCGAGAGGACUGCCAACUUCGUGUGUCAGCAGGGGGCUCAGUUUGAGAUAGUUCUGAAAACCAAGCAGGCUGGUAACUCCCAGUUUGACUUUCUUCGUUUUGACCACUACCUGAACCCUUAUUACAAACACAUCUUGCGGGCCAUGAAGGAAGGUCGAUACAACCUUGACUCCACCAAAAAGCAAGAGCAGUCGCAGGAGUCCCACUCUGAUGAUUCAGAUGAGGAUGGGGAUGGCAGCUACCUCCAUCCCAGCCUGUUUGCCCCUAAAAAGAGCUCUCGCCUUGAGGAGCUGGUGAAGCCUCUUAAAGUAAUGGACCCAGACCAUCCUCUGGCAGCACUCGUACGAAAAGCCCAACAAGAAAGGAAUGGGACUUCAGCAAUGGCAACUAAACCAGAGGAAGUGACAGACCCAGCUGCAUCCAGCACACCAGCACAGUACACUACUGACCCAAAUACAGCAGCAAUGUAUUAUGGGUACUACAUGCUUCCUGAUGGAACGUUCUGCUUGGCCCCUCCACCCCCAGGGAUAGAUGCAAACUCGUACUACAACAGUAUGCCCUCAGCUGUAGUGGCUGCUCCACCUACUUCUUCCGGGGCUGUGCCUCAUUUGGGGACAACACCCACCCCUCCUGAAACUAUCGCCAUGGCACCACCAGCUACAGCCCCCUCUCAGGUCACCAGCUCUGCUGCUCCAGCAAGUGUCCCAGAAACCAGUUCAAAAGCCGAAGCUCAAGUUUCCACACCAGCAGCACCAGCCAUCAUUCCCCCACCACCUGACAUCCAGCCAGUUAUAGACAAGCUGGCUGAGUACGUUGCUCGGAACGGUCUAAAGUUUGAGGCCAGUGUCCGUGCCAAGAAUGAUCCACGGUUUGACUUUCUGCAGUCUUGGCAUCAGUACAACUCCUAUUAUGAGUUUAAGAAGAAUUACUUCAUGCAGAAGGAGGGAAAAGGCUUGGCAGAGAGUGGGACAGCAGAUGACCUUCAGUCAGACAAGUCAGCCAAGGACUCCAAGCUGACGAAAGCCUCAUUUGCCCCCAUCUGUUUUGCUAUCAAGGCAAAGGAAAAUGACCUGCUGCCACUGGAGAAGAACAGAGUUCGACUGGACGAUGACUCAGACGAGGACAAGUUGCUGGAGGAGGGAGGACUGGAAGCUGUGAUGGGUGGAGCUGAGAUGGUUGACAAGGAGCCUCCUCCAGUCAGUGCACCAGAGGAGAAGAGACCCACUCUCAGUCUGGAGGAGUUGGAGGCAAAACAAGCCAAGCAGAAACUGGAGGAUCGUCUAGCAGCUGCAGCCAGGGAGAAGCUGGCCCAGGCAUCUAAGGAGUCCAAGGAGAAACAGCUACAGGCUGAGAGGAAGAGGAAGGCAGCGCUCUUCCUACAGACCCUCCGUGGCCCCUUCGCCGGCGAGCCUGAGGCCAAGAGAGUUGAGCUAGACUCAUCUGCACAGCUUGAGAUGCAAGAAGCCCUUUCUGCUCUGUCAGACCUUGCGCCAUCUCCAGUGUCCUGUGCCCCACCUGCAUAUCCUCAGGAUCAAAGGCCCCCCAUGGAGAGCCAAGGAGCCUAUCGCAGCAGGGAAACCCCGUCCUGUUCGUCCUCCUCAUCGUCCCACAUUACCUCCAGAGGAGCAGACCGAGACAGAGAAAAAGACAGAGACCGAGACAGGGACAGGGACAGAGACAGAGACAGAGACAGAGAUAGAGACAGAGACAGAGACAGAGAUAGAGAUAGAGAUAGAGAUAGAGAUAGAGACAGAGACAGAGACAGAGAUAGAGAUAGAGAUAGAGAUAGAGACAGAGACAGAGAUAGAGAUAGAGAUAGAGACAGAGAUAGAGACAGGAACAAAGGCAGGGACAAAGAGAAAAAGAAGAAAAAACACAAGAGGAGGUCAAGGUCAAGGUCAAAGAGCAGACACUCCCUUCCCAGUGCCUACAGGAGAGCCCGCAGGUCCCGAUCCCGUUCACACUCCCCGGGGAGAAGGGACAGGAGGGGCAACUCAUCGGAGAGGAGACGUGAAGAGAGAGAGCGGGAGCGCUAUCAUCCCAGCAGCAGCUCCAGCCUGCCCAGGGGGCAUUCAAGAUCCAGGUCCCCUCCUGAAAAAAGGAGCUCCUUGUCAUCCUCAGGACAGAUGCAAACUGUGGGCUCCUCUCUCUCUCCAAAUUCCUCACCGGGUAGAGUUUUGUCCCCGUCAGCUAGCCCUGCCUCCAGCCUGGCCCACUCCAGGGGUGGUUCUCAGGAGAAAGACAAGGCAGUGUCCUCAUCCAUAGUAUCCUCUGUUCAGUCCAAAAUAACUCAGGAUCUGAUGGCCAAAGUGCGAGCCAUGCUUGCCACCUCCAAGACCUUCCAACCUCCCAAUUCCUAAAGAGGGUAUGGCUUUCUGUCAGUCUCGACAACCUCGGCCAAUAGGCGAGCGGCAUUCUCCGAUUUCCUGGAGAUCUAUCCAGUCUGGAUCUGUUUCCCUGUGUUUUCCUUGAUUUAUUUCUUCAUCGUGAUUUGAGCAUCAACAGAUUCAGUUUGGCUACGUUACGUCUUCUGCGACAUUGUCAGAGUGAGGUAAAGGCACUCGUUACACUGAAAAAUAACUGGUUUCACAUGGCACCUGAGAAAACGCUUCAUCAGCUGGGAGAGCACGUCGGCAGUUGACACAUUUUGGUGCAGGGAGAUUUAAACGUGGAAGUAAUCCAUGUUAUUUUGCAUCCUGUUUUAAGACACUGUACUUUUCCCCCACAUGUUGACAGUCAUUCUUUGCAGCAUUACCUAAAGCUGCUGGAGGUCUGUAUUCUCUCCUUCUAUGAAGGGUUGCGUUGUUUUGAUAAUUUCAUUUCACUCCUCCCUCAUCUGCUGUUCUCGGCUGUUGUUUUCCCACUUAUUUCCUCCCCCAGCUGUCUUUUUUCUUUUCUCUCCAGCACCUCACCCAUCUACCUGAGAAGCUGUUUUAAUUUUUUACUCUGUCCCUCAGCUCUAGUUUGUGGCCUUCUAUUUCUGUUCCUGGUUUGUACUGUAAUGAAUUUAAUGCAGAACUACUUUCUAAUCCAAAGUGUCAAUAAAGUUUCAGUUAUGA